AUGGGCGGAGCUGAGUCAGCCGAGGGAAACCCCAAGCAGAGAAAGCUGGCGACGGCCAGUGACAAACUGGCUGCUACGGGGAAGCAAGGUGAGGUGGAGAGCGGCGUGGCAACGCGCGCGACCACCGCCGCUACGGCUGUAGAGAAGGUGCACGUCACGGACUUUGAGGCCGAGAGCGAGAAGGAAAGUAGUGGCUUGGGGGGCAAGGCCUCCCACGAACCGGAGACGGAGCCGCACCAACCCAACAUGAUGUCGGUCGACGGUACAAACGCCAAGACAGAAGUUUUUCGCACCGUGAUGCCCGAUGGACGAGUGGUGGUGAAGAAGGUCAAGACUUCACGUGCUCGUGUUCUUCGCUCGAUCGUGGAAGCUGGCGCAGCUCCAGGCGAGUCGGUGCAGACGGAGGUGUUCCAGUCUCAGGAGGCCGACGGCAGCAUCGUGACGAAGACGGUGAAGGCAACAACACGCCCUUCGACGUCUGCCAGCGGUGAGCUAGUGAAGACGGUUGAAGUGGAAACGACGACGGAGACGGAGACGACUACAGGCGAGAAGAGCACUACGGUGGAGAUGGAGACGCGCGAGGAGACGGACGUGGAGGAAGGCAGCCUGACGACGAUAUCUGGCCGCACCGUGCCGUCCAUGCCAGGUGCUCGUGUUCUUCGCUCGAUCGUGGAAGCUGGCGCAGCUCCAGGCGAGUCGGUGCAGACGGAGGUGUUCCAGUCUCAGGAGGCCGACGGCAGCAUCGUGACGAAGACGGUGAAGGCAACAACACGCCCUUCGACGUCUGCCAGCGGUGAGCUAGUGAAGACGGUUGAAGUGGAAACGACGACGGAGACGGAGACGACUACUGGCGAGAAGAGCACUACGGUGGAGAUGGAGACGCGCGAGGAGACGGACGUGGAGGAAGGCAGCCUGACGACGAUAUCUGGCCGCACCGUGCCGUCCAUGCCAGGUGCUCGUGUUCUUCGCUCGACCGUGGAAGCUGGCGCAGCUCCAGGCGAGUCGGUGCAGACGGAGGUGUUCCAGUCUCAGGAGGCCGACGGCAGCAUCGUGACGAAGACGGUGAAGGCAACAACACGCCCUUCGACGUCUGCCAGCGGUGAGCUAGUGAAGACGGUUGAAGUGGAAACGACGACGGAGACGGAGACGACUACUGGCGAGAAGAGCACUACGGUGGAGAUGGAGACGCGCGAGGAGACGGACGUGGAGGAAGGCAGCCUGACGACGAUAUCUGGCCGCACCGUGCCGUCCAUGCCAGGUGCUCGUGUUCUUCGCUCGAUCGUGGAAGCUGGCGCAGCUCCAGGCGAGUCGGUGCAGACGGAGGUGUUCCAGUCUCAGGAGGCCGACGGCAGCAUCGUGACGAAGACGGUGAAGGCAACAACACGCCCUUCGACGUCUGCCAGCGGUGAGCUAGUGAAGACGGUUGAAGUGGAAACGACGACGGAGACGGAGACGACUACUGGCGAGAAGAGCACUACGGUGGAGAUGGAGACGCGCGAGGAGACGGACGUGGAGGAAGGCAGCCUGACGACGAUAUCUGGCCGCACCGUGCCGUCCAUGCCAGGUGCUCGUGUUCUUCGCUCGAUCGUGGAAGCUGGCGCAGCUCCAGGCGAGUCGGUGCAGACGGAGGUGUUCCAGUCUCAGGAGGCCGACGGCAGCAUCGUGACGAAGACGGUGAAGGCGACGACACGCCCUUCGACGUCUGCCAGCGGUGAGCUAGUGAAGACGGUUGAAGUGGAAACGACGACGGAGACGGAGACGACUACUGGCGAGAAGAGCACUACGGUGGAGAUGGAGACGCGCGAGGAGACGGACGUGGAGGAAGGCAGCCUGACGACGAUAUCUGGCCGCACCGUGCCGUCCAUGCCAGGUGCUCGUGUUCUUCGCUCGAUCGUGGAAGCUGGCGCAGCUCCAGGCGAGUCGGUGCAGACGGAGGUGUUCCAGUCUCAGGAGGCCGACGGCAGCAUCGUGACGAAGACGGUGAAGGCAACAACACGCCCUUCGACGUCUGCCAGCGGUGAGCUAGUGAAGACGGUUGAAGUGGAAACGACGACGGAGACGGAGACGACUACUGGCGAGAAGAGCACUACGGUGGAGAUGGAGACGCGCGAGGAGACGGACGUGGAGGAAGGCAGCCUGACGACGAUAUCUGGCCGCACCGUGCCGUCCAUGCCAGGUGCUCGUGUUCUUCGCUCGACCGUGGAAGCUGGCGCAGCUCCAGGCGAGUCGGUGCAGACGGAGGUGUUCCAGUCUCAGGAGGCCGACGGCAGCAUCGUGACGAAGACGGUGAAGGCAACAACACGCCCUUCGACGUCUGCCAGCGGUGAGCUAGUGAAGACGGUUGAAGUGGAAACGACGACGGAGACGGAGACGACUACUGGCGAGAAGAGCACUACGGUGGAGAUGGAGACGCGCGAGGAGACGGACGUGGAGGAAGGCAGCCUGACGACGAUAUCUGGCCGCACCGUGCCGUCCAUGCCAGGUGCUCGUGUUCUUCGCUCGAUCGUGGAAGCUGGCGCAGCUCCAGGCGAGUCGGUGCAGACGGAGGUGUUCCAGUCUCAGGAGGCCGACGGCAGCAUCGUGACGAAGACGGUGAAGGCAACAACACGCCCUUCGACGUCUGCCAGCGGUGAGCUAGUGAAGACGGUUGAAGUGGAAACGACGACGGAGACGGAGACGACUACUGGCGAGAAGAGCACUACGGUGGAGAUGGAGACGCGCGAGGAGACGGACGUGGAGGAAGGCAGCCUGACGACGAUAUCUGGCCGCACCGUGCCGUCCAUGCCAGGUGCUCGUGUUCUUCGCUCGAUCGUGGAAGCUGGCGCAGCUCCAGGCGAGUCGGUGCAGACGGAGGUGUUCCAGUCUCAGGAGGCCGACGGCAGCAUCGUGACGAAGACGGUGAAGGCAACAACACGCCCUUCGACGUCUGCCAGCGGUGAGCUAGUGAAGACGGUUGAAGUGGAAACGACGACGGAGACGGAGACGACUACUGGCGAGAAGAGCACUACGGUGGAGAUGGAGACGCGCGAGGAGACGGACGUGGAGGAAGGCAGCCUGACGACGAUAUCUGGCCGCACCGUGCCGUCCAUGCCAGGUGCUCGUGUUCUUCGCUCGAUCGUGGAAGCUGGCGCAGCUCCAGGCGAGUCGGUGCAGACGGAGGUGUUCCAGUCUCAGGAGGCCGACGGCAGCAUCGUGACGAAGACGGUGAAAACGACGACGCGCACUUCGACGUCUGCCAGCGGUGAGCUAGUGAAGACGGUUGAAGUGGAAACGACGACGGAGACGGAGACGACUACUGGCGAGAAGAGCACUACGGUGGAGAUGGAGACGCGCGAGGAGACGGACGUGGAGGAAGGCAGCCUGACGACGAUAUCUGGCCGCACCGUGCCGUCCAUGCCAGGUGCUCGUGUUCUUCGCUCGAUCGUGGAAGCUGGCGCAGCUCCAGGCGAGUCGGUGCAGACGGAGGUGUUCCAGUCUCAGGAGGCCGACGGCAGCAUCGUGACGAAGACGGUGAAGGCAACAACACGCCCUUCGACGUCUGCCAGCGGUGAGCUAGUGAAGACGGUUGAAGUGGAAACGACGACGGAGACGGAGACGACUACUGGCGAGAAGAGCACUACGGUGGAGAUGGAGACGCGCGAGGAGACGGACGUGGAGGAAGGCAGCCUGACGACGAUAUCUGGCCGCACCGUGCCGUCCAUGCCAGGUGCUCGUGUUCUUCGCUCGAUCGUGGAAGCUGGCGCAGCUCCAGGCGAGUCGGUGCAGACGGAGGUGUUCCAGUCUCAGGAGGCCGACGGCAGCAUCGUGACGAAGACGGUGAAGGCAACAACACGCCCUUCGACGUCUGCCAGCGGUGAGCUAGUGAAGACGGUUGAAGUGGAAACGACGACGGAGACGGAGACGACUACUGGCGAGAAGAGCACUACGGUGGAGAUGGAGACGCGCGAGGAGACGGACGUGGAGGAAGGCAGCCUGACGACGAUAUCUGGCCGCACCGUGCCGUCCAUGCCAGGUGCUCGUGUUCUUCGCUCGAUCGUGGAAGCUGGCGCAGCUCCAGGCGAGUCGGUGCAGACGGAGGUGUUCCAGUCUCAGGAGGCCGACGGCAGCAUCGUGACGAAGACGGUGAAGGCAACAACACGCCCUUCGACGUCUGCCAGCGGUGAGCUAGUGAAGACGGUUGAAGUGGAAACGACGACGGAGACGGAGACGACUACUGGCGAGAAGAGCACUACGGUGGAGAUGGAGACGCGCGAGGAGACGGACGUGGAGGAAGGCAGCCUGACGACGAUAUCUGGCCGCACCGUGCCGUCCAUGCCAGGUGCUCGUGUUCUUCGCUCGAUCGUGGAAGCUGGCGCAGCUCCAGGCGAGUCGGUGCAGACGGAGGUGUUCCAGUCUCAGGAGGCCGACGGCAGCAUCGUGACGAAGACGGUGAAGGCAACAACACGCCCUUCGACGUCUGCCAGCGGUGAGCUAGUGAAGACGGUUGAAGUGGAAACGACGACGGAGACGGAGACGACUACUGGCGAGAAGAGCACUACGGUGGAGAUGGAGACGCGCGAGGAGACGGACGUGGAGGAAGGCAGCCUGACGACGAUAUCUGGCCGCACCGUGCCGUCCAUGCCAGGUGCUCGUGUUCUUCGCUCGAUCGUGGAAGCUGGCGCAGCUCCAGGCGAGUCGGUGCAGACGGAGGUGUUCCAGUCUCAGGAGGCCGACGGCAGCAUCGUGACGAAGACGGUGAAGGCAACAACACGCCCUUCGACGUCUGCCAGCGGUGAGCUAGUGAAGACGGUUGAAGUGGAAACGACGACGGAGACGGAGACGACUACUGGCGAGAAGAGCACUACGGUGGAGAUGGAGACGCGCGAGGAGACGGACGUGGAGGAAGGCAGCCUGACGACGAUAUCUGGCCGCACCGUGCCGUCCAUGCCAGGUGCUCGUGUUCUUCGCUCGAUCGUGGAAGCUGGCGCAGCUCCAGGCGAGUCGGUGCAGACGGAGGUGUUCCAGUCUCAGGAGGCCGACGGCAGCAUCGUGACGAAGACGGUGAAGGCAACAACACGCCCUUCGACGUCUGCCAGCGGUGAGCUAGUGAAGACGGUUGAAGUGGAAACGACGACGGAGACGGAGACGACUACUGGCGAGAAGAGCACUACGGUGGAGAUGGAGACGCGCGAGGAGACGGACGUGGAGGAAGGCAGCCUGACGACGAUAUCUGGCCGCACCGUGCCGUCCAUGCCAGGUGCUCGUGUUCUUCGCUCGAUCGUGGAAGCUGGCGCAGCUCCAGGCGAGUCGGUGCAGACGGAGGUGUUCCAGUCUCAGGAGGCCGACGGCAGCAUCGUGACGAAGACGGUGAAGGCAACAACACGCCCUUCGACGUCUGCCAGCGGUGAGCUAGUGAAGACGGUUGAAGUGGAAACGACGACGGAGACGGAGACGACUACUGGCGAGAAGAGCACUACGGUGGAGAUGGAGACGCGCGAGGAGACGGACGUGGAGGAAGGCAGCCUGACGACGAUAUCUGGCCGCACCGUGCCGUCCAUGCCAGGUGCUCGUGUUCUUCGCUCGAUCGUGGAAGCUGGCGCAGCUCCAGGCGAGUCGGUGCAGACGGAGGUGUUCCAGUCUCAGGAGGCCGACGGCAGCAUCGUGACGAAGACGGUGAAGGCAACAACACGCCCUUCGACGUCUGCCAGCGGUGAGCUAGUGAAGACGGUUGAAGUGGAAACGACGACGGAGACGGAGACGACUACUGGCGAGAAGAGCACUACGGUGGAGAUGGAGACGCGCGAGGAGACGGACGUGGAGGAAGGCAGCCUGACGACGAUAUCUGGCCGCACCGUGCCGUCCAUGCCAGGUGCUCGUGUUCUUCGCUCGAUCGUGGAAGCUGGCGCAGCUCCAGGCGAGUCGGUGCAGACGGAGGUGUUCCAGUCUCAGGAGGCCGACGGCAGCAUCGUGACGAAGACGGUGAAGGCAACAACACGCCCUUCGACGUCUGCCAGCGGUGAGCUAGUGAAGACGGUUGAAGUGGAAACGACGACGGAGACGGAGACGACUACUGGCGAGAAGAGCACUACGGUGGAGAUGGAGACGCGCGAGGAGACGGACGUGGAGGAAGGCAGCCUGACGACGAUAUCUGGCCGCACCGUGCCGUCCAUGCCAGGUGCUCGUGUUCUUCGCUCGAUCGUGGAAGCUGGCGCAGCUCCAGGCGAGUCGGUGCAGACGGAGGUGUUCCAGUCUCAGGAGGCCGACGGCAGCAUCGUGACGAAGACGGUGAAGGCAACAACACGCCCUUCGACGUCUGCCAGCGGUGAGCUAGUGAAGACGGUUGAAGUGGAAACGACGACGGAGACGGAGACGACUACUGGCGAGAAGAGCACUACGGUGGAGAUGGAGACGCGCGAGGAGACGGACGUGGAGGAAGGCAGCCUGACGACGAUAUCUGGCCGCACCGUGCCGUCCAUGCCAGGUGCUCGUGUUCUUCGCUCGAUCGUGGAAGCUGGCGCAGCUCCAGGCGAGUCGGUGCAGACGGAGGUGUUCCAGUCUCAGGAGGCCGACGGCAGCAUCGUGACGAAGACGGUGAAGGCAACAACACGCCCUUCGACGUCUGCCAGCGGUGAGCUAGUGAAGACGGUUGAAGUGGAAACGACGACGGAGACGGAGACGACUACUGGCGAGAAGAGCACUACGGUGGAGAUGGAGACGCGCGAGGAGACGGACGUGGAGGAAGGCAGCCUGACGACGAUAUCUGGCCGCACCGUGCCGUCCAUGCCAGGUGCUCGUGUUCUUCGCUCGACCGUGGAAGCUGGCGCAGCUCCAGGCGAGUCGGUGCAGACGGAGGUGUUCCAGUCUCAGGAGGCCGACGGCAGCAUCGUGACGAAGACGGUGAAGGCAACAACACGCCCUUCGACGUCUGCCAGCGGUGAGCUAGUGAAGACGGUUGAAGUGGAAACGACGACGGAGACGGAGACGACUACUGGCGAGAAGAGCACUACGGUGGAGAUGGAGACGCGCGAGGAGACGGACGUGGAGGAAGGCAGCCUGACGACGAUAUCUGGCCGCACCGUGCCGUCCAUGCCAGGUGCUCGUGUUCUUCGCUCGACCGUGGAAGCUGGCGCAGCUCCAGGCGAGUCGGUGCAGACGGAGGUGUUCCAGUCUCAGGAGGCCGACGGCAGCAUCGUGACGAAGACGGUGAAGGCAACAACACGCCCUUCGACGUCUGCCAGCGGUGAGCUAGUGAAGACGGUUGAAGUGGAAACGACGACGGAGACGGAGACGACUACUGGCGAGAAGAGCACUACGGUGGAGAUGGAGACGCGCGAGGAGACGGACGUGGAGGAAGGCAGCCUGACGACGAUAUCUGGCCGCACCGUGCCGUCCAUGCCAGGUGCUCGUGUUCUUCGCUCGACCGUGGAAGCUGGCGCAGCUCCAGGCGAGUCGGUGCAGACGGAGGUGUUCCAGUCUCAGGAGGCCGACGGCAGCAUCGUGACGAAGACGGUGAAGGCAACAACACGCCCUUCGACGUCUGCCAGCGGUGAGCUAGUGAAGACGGUUGAAGUGGAAACGACGACGGAGACGGAGACGACUACUGGCGAGAAGAGCACUACGGUGGAGAUGGAGACGCGCGAGGAGACGGACGUGGAGGAAGGCAGCCUGACGACGAUAUCUGGCCGCACCGUGCCGUCCAUGCCAGGUGCUCGUGUUCUUCGCUCGACCGUGGAAGCUGGCGCAGCUCCAGGCGAGUCGGUGCAGACGGAGGUGUUCCAGUCUCAGGAGGCCGACGGCAGCAUCGUGACGAAGACGGUGAAGGCAACAACACGCCCUUCGACGUCUGCCAGCGGUGAGCUAGUGAAGACGGUUGAAGUGGAAACGACGACGGAGACGGAGACGACUACUGGCGAGAAGAGCACUACGGUGGAGAUGGAGACGCGCGAGGAGACGGACGUGGAGGAAGGCAGCCUGACGACGAUAUCUGGCCGCACCGUGCCGUCCAUGCCAGGUGCUCGUGUUCUUCGCUCGACCGUGGAAGCUGGCGCAGCUCCAGGCGAGUCGGUGCAGACGGAGGUGUUCCAGUCUCAGGAGGCCGACGGCAGCAUCGUGACGAAGACGGUGAAGGCAACAACACGCCCUUCGACGUCUGCCAGCGGUGAGCUAGUGAAGACGGUUGAAGUGGAAACGACGACGGAGACGGAGACGACUACUGGCGAGAAGAGCACUACGGUGGAGAUGGAGACGCGCGAGGAGACGGACGUGGAGGAAGGCAGCCUGACGACGAUAUCUGGCCGCACCGUGCCGUCCAUGCCAGGUGCUCGUGUUCUUCGCUCGACCGUGGAAGCUGGCGCAGCUCCAGGCGAGUCGGUGCAGACGGAGGUGUUCCAGUCUCAGGAGGCCGACGGCAGCAUCGUGACGAAGACGGUGAAGGCAACAACACGCCCUUCGACGUCUGCCAGCGGUGAGCUAGUGAAGACGGUUGAAGUGGAAACGACGACGGAGACGGAGACGACUACUGGCGAGAAGAGCACUACGGUGGAGAUGGAGACGCGCGAGGAGACGGACGUGGAGGAAGGCAGCCUGACGACGAUAUCUGGCCGCACCGUGCCGUCCAUGCCAGGUGCUCGUGUUCUUCGCUCGACCGUGGAAGCUGGCGCAGCUCCAGGCGAGUCGGUGCAGACGGAGGUGUUCCAGUCUCAGGAGGCCGACGGCAGCAUCGUGACGAAGACGGUGAAGGCAACAACACGCCCUUCGACGUCUGCCAGCGGUGAGCUAGUGAAGACGGUUGAAGUGGAAACGACGACGGAGACGGAGACGACUACUGGCGAGAAGAGCACUACGGUGGAGAUGGAGACGCGCGAGGAGACGGACGUGGAGGAAGGCAGCCUGACGACGAUAUCUGGCCGCACCGUGCCGUCCAUGCCAGGUGCUCGUGUUCUUCGCUCGACCGUGGAAGCUGGCGCAGCUCCAGGCGAGUCGGUGCAGACGGAGGUGUUCCAGUCUCAGGAGGCCGACGGCAGCAUCGUGACGAAGACGGUGAAGGCAACAACACGCCCUUCGACGUCUGCCAGCGGUGAGCUAGUGAAGACGGUUGAAGUGGAAACGACGACGGAGACGGAGACGACUACUGGCGAGAAGAGCACUACGGUGGAGAUGGAGACGCGCGAGGAGACGGACGUGGAGGAAGGCAGCCUGACGACGAUAUCUGGCCGCACCGUGCCGUCCAUGCCAGGUGCUCGUGUUCUUCGCUCGACCGUGGAAGCUGGCGCAGCUCCAGGCGAGUCGGUGCAGACGGAGGUGUUCCAGUCUCAGGAGGCCGACGGCAGCAUCGUGACGAAGACGGUGAAGGCAACAACACGCCCUUCGACGUCUGCCAGCGGUGAGCUAGUGAAGACGGUUGAAGUGGAAACGACGACGGAGACGGAGACGACUACUGGCGAGAAGAGCACUACGGUGGAGAUGGAGACGCGCGAGGAGACGGACGUGGAGGAAGGCAGCCUGACGACGAUAUCUGGCCGCACCGUGCCGUCCAUGCCAGGUGCUCGUGUUCUUCGCUCGACCGUGGAAGCUGGCGCAGCUCCAGGCGAGUCGGUGCAGACGGAGGUGUUCCAGUCUCAGGAGGCCGACGGCAGCAUCGUGACGAAGACGGUGAAGGCAACAACACGCCCUUCGACGUCUGCCAGCGGUGAGCUAGUGAAGACGGUUGAAGUGGAAACGACGACGGAGACGGAGACGACUACUGGCGAGAAGAGCACUACGGUGGAGAUGGAGACGCGCGAGGAGACGGACGUGGAGGAAGGCAGCCUGACGACGAUAUCUGGCCGCACCGUGCCGUCCAUGCCAGGUGCUCGUGUUCUUCGCUCGACCGUGGAAGCUGGCGCAGCUCCAGGCGAGUCGGUGCAGACGGAGGUGUUCCAGUCUCAGGAGGCCGACGGCAGCAUCGUGACGAAGACGGUGAAGGCAACAACACGCCCUUCGACGUCUGCCAGCGGUGAGCUAGUGAAGACGGUUGAAGUGGAAACGACGACGGAGACGGAGACGACUACUGGCGAGAAGAGCACUACGGUGGAGAUGGAGACGCGCGAGGAGACGGACGUGGAGGAAGGCAGCCUGACGACGAUAUCUGGCCGCACCGUGCCGUCCAUGCCAGGUGCUCGUGUUCUUCGCUCGACCGUGGAAGCUGGCGCAGCUCCAGGCGAGUCGGUGCAGACGGAGGUGUUCCAGUCUCAGGAGGCCGACGGCAGCAUCGUGACGAAGACGGUGAAGGCAACAACACGCCCUUCGACGUCUGCCAGCGGUGAGCUAGUGAAGACGGUUGAAGUGGAAACGACGACGGAGACGGAGACGACUACUGGCGAGAAGAGCACUACGGUGGAGAUGGAGACGCGCGAGGAGACGGACGUGGAGGAAGGCAGCCUGACGACGAUAUCUGGCCGCACCGUGCCGUCCAUGCCAGGUGCUCGUGUUCUUCGCUCGACCGUGGAAGCUGGCGCAGCUCCAGGCGAGUCGGUGCAGACGGAGGUGUUCCAGUCUCAGGAGGCCGACGGCAGCAUCGUGACGAAGACGGUGAAGGCAACAACACGCCCUUCGACGUCUGCCAGCGGUGAGCUAGUGAAGACGGUUGAAGUGGAAACGACGACGGAGACGGAGACGACUACUGGCGAGAAGAGCACUACGGUGGAGAUGGAGACGCGCGAGGAGACGGACGUGGAGGAAGGCAGCCUGACGACGAUAUCUGGCCGCACCGUGCCGUCCAUGCCAGGUGCUCGUGUUCUUCGCUCGACCGUGGAAGCUGGCGCAGCUCCAGGCGAGUCGGUGCAGACGGAGGUGUUCCAGUCUCAGGAGGCCGACGGCAGCAUCGUGACGAAGACGGUGAAGGCAACAACACGCCCUUCGACGUCUGCCAGCGGUGAGCUAGUGAAGACGGUUGAAGUGGAAACGACGACGGAGACGGAGACGACUACUGGCGAGAAGAGCACUACGGUGGAGAUGGAGACGCGCGAGGAGACGGACGUGGAGGAAGGCAGCCUGACGACGAUAUCUGGCCGCACCGUGCCGUCCAUGCCAGGUGCUCGUGUUCUUCGCUCGACCGUGGAAGCUGGCGCAGCUCCAGGCGAGUCGGUGCAGACGGAGGUGUUCCAGUCUCAGGAGGCCGACGGCAGCAUCGUGACGAAGACGGUGAAGGCAACAACACGCCCUUCGACGUCUGCCAGCGGUGAGCUAGUGAAGACGGUUGAAGUGGAAACGACGACGGAGACGGAGACGACUACUGGCGAGAAGAGCACUACGGUGGAGAUGGAGACGCGCGAGGAGACGGACGUGGAGGAAGGCAGCCUGACGACGAUAUCUGGCCGCACCGUGCCGUCCAUGCCAGGUGCUCGUGUUCUUCGCUCGACCGUGGAAGCUGGCGCAGCUCCAGGCGAGUCGGUGCAGACGGAGGUGUUCCAGUCUCAGGAGGCCGACGGCAGCAUCGUGACGAAGACGGUGAAGGCAACAACACGCCCUUCGACGUCUGCCAGCGGUGAGCUAGUGAAGACGGUUGAAGUGGAAACGACGACGGAGACGGAGACGACUACUGGCGAGAAGAGCACUACGGUGGAGAUGGAGACGCGCGAGGAGACGGACGUGGAGGAAGGCAGCCUGACGACGAUAUCUGGCCGCACCGUGCCGUCCAUGCCAGGUGCUCGUGUUCUUCGCUCGACCGUGGAAGCUGGCGCAGCUCCAGGCGAGUCGGUGCAGACGGAGGUGUUCCAGUCUCAGGAGGCCGACGGCAGCAUCGUGACGAAGACGGUGAAGGCAACAACACGCCCUUCGACGUCUGCCAGCGGUGAGCUAGUGAAGACGGUUGAAGUGGAAACGACGACGGAGACGGAGACGACUACUGGCGAGAAGAGCACUACGGUGGAGAUGGAGACGCGCGAGGAGACGGACGUGGAGGAAGGCAGCCUGACGACGAUAUCUGGCCGCACCGUGCCGUCCAUGCCAGGUGCUCGUGUUCUUCGCUCGACCGUGGAAGCUGGCGCAGCUCCAGGCGAGUCGGUGCAGACGGAGGUGUUCCAGUCUCAGGAGGCCGACGGCAGCAUCGUGACGAAGACGGUGAAGGCAACAACACGCCCUUCGACGUCUGCCAGCGGUGAGCUAGUGAAGACGGUUGAAGUGGAAACGACGACGGAGACGGAGACGACUACUGGCGAGAAGAGCACUACGGUGGAGAUGGAGACGCGCGAGGAGACGGACGUGGAGGAAGGCAGCCUGACGACGAUAUCUGGCCGCACCGUGCCGUCCAUGCCAGGUGCUCGUGUUCUUCGCUCGACCGUGGAAGCUGGCGCAGCUCCAGGCGAGUCGGUGCAGACGGAGGUGUUCCAGUCUCAGGAGGCCGACGGCAGCAUCGUGACGAAGACGGUGAAGGCAACAACACGCCCUUCGACGUCUGCCAGCGGUGAGCUAGUGAAGACGGUUGAAGUGGAAACGACGACGGAGACGGAGACGACUACUGGCGAGAAGAGCACUACGGUGGAGAUGGAGACGCGCGAGGAGACGGACGUGGAGGAAGGCAGCCUGACGACGAUAUCUGGCCGCACCGUGCCGUCCAUGCCAGGUGCUCGUGUUCUUCGCUCGACCGUGGAAGCUGGCGCAGCUCCAGGCGAGUCGGUGCAGACGGAGGUGUUCCAGUCUCAGGAGGCCGACGGCAGCAUCGUGACGAAGACGGUGAAGGCAACAACACGCCCUUCGACGUCUGCCAGCGGUGAGCUAGUGAAGACGGUUGAAGUGGAAACGACGACGGAGACGGAGACGACUACUGGCGAGAAGAGCACUACGGUGGAGAUGGAGACGCGCGAGGAGACGGACGUGGAGGAAGGCAGCCUGACGACGAUAUCUGGCCGCACCGUGCCGUCCAUGCCAGGUGCUCGUGUUCUUCGCUCGACCGUGGAAGCUGGCGCAGCUCCAGGCGAGUCGGUGCAGACGGAGGUGUUCCAGUCUCAGGAGGCCGACGGCAGCAUCGUGACGAAGACGGUGAAGGCAACAACACGCCCUUCGACGUCUGCCAGCGGUGAGCUAGUGAAGACGGUUGAAGUGGAAACGACGACGGAGACGGAGACGACUACUGGCGAGAAGAGCACUACGGUGGAGAUGGAGACGCGCGAGGAGACGGACGUGGAGGAAGGCAGCCUGACGACGAUAUCUGGCCGCACCGUGCCGUCCAUGCCAGGUGCUCGUGUUCUUCGCUCGACCGUGGAAGCUGGCGCAGCUCCAGGCGAGUCGGUGCAGACGGAGGUGUUCCAGUCUCAGGAGGCCGACGGCAGCAUCGUGACGAAGACGGUGAAGGCAACAACACGCCCUUCGACGUCUGCCAGCGGUGAGCUAGUGAAGACGGUUGAAGUGGAAACGACGACGGAGACGGAGACGACUACUGGCGAGAAGAGCACUACGGUGGAGAUGGAGACGCGCGAGGAGACGGACGUGGAGGAAGGCAGCCUGACGACGAUAUCUGGCCGCACCGUGCCGUCCAUGCCAGGUGCUCGUGUUCUUCGCUCGACCGUGGAAGCUGGCGCAGCUCCAGGCGAGUCGGUGCAGACGGAGGUGUUCCAGUCUCAGGAGGCCGACGGCAGCAUCGUGACGAAGACGGUGAAGGCAACAACACGCCCUUCGACGUCUGCCAGCGGUGAGCUAGUGAAGACGGUUGAAGUGGAAACGACGACGGAGACGGAGACGACUACUGGCGAGAAGAGCACUACGGUGGAGAUGGAGACGCGCGAGGAGACGGACGUGGAGGAAGGCAGCCUGACGACGAUAUCUGGCCGCACCGUGCCGUCCAUGCCAGGUGCUCGUGUUCUUCGCUCGACCGUGGAAGCUGGCGCAGCUCCAGGCGAGUCGGUGCAGACGGAGGUGUUCCAGUCUCAGGAGGCCGACGGCAGCAUCGUGACGAAGACGGUGAAGGCAACAACACGCCCUUCGACGUCUGCCAGCGGUGAGCUAGUGAAGACGGUUGAAGUGGAAACGACGACGGAGACGGAGACGACUACUGGCGAGAAGAGCACUACGGUGGAGAUGGAGACGCGCGAGGAGACGGACGUGGAGGAAGGCAGCCUGACGACGAUAUCUGGCCGCACCGUGCCGUCCAUGCCAGGUGCUCGUGUUCUUCGCUCGACCGUGGAAGCUGGCGCAGCUCCAGGCGAGUCGGUGCAGACGGAGGUGUUCCAGUCUCAGGAGGCCGACGGCAGCAUCGUGACGAAGACGGUGAAGGCAACAACACGCCCUUCGACGUCUGCCAGCGGUGAGCUAGUGAAGACGGUUGAAGUGGAAACGACGACGGAGACGGAGACGACUACUGGCGAGAAGAGCACUACGGUGGAGAUGGAGACGCGCGAGGAGACGGACGUGGAGGAAGGCAGCCUGACGACGAUAUCUGGCCGCACCGUGCCGUCCAUGCCAGGUGCUCGUGUUCUUCGCUCGACCGUGGAAGCUGGCGCAGCUCCAGGCGAGUCGGUGCAGACGGAGGUGUUCCAGUCUCAGGAGGCCGACGGCAGCAUCGUGACGAAGACGGUGAAGGCAACAACACGCCCUUCGACGUCUGCCAGCGGUGAGCUAGUGAAGACGGUUGAAGUGGAAACGACGACGGAGACGGAGACGACUACUGGCGAGAAGAGCACUACGGUGGAGAUGGAGACGCGCGAGGAGACGGACGUGGAGGAAGGCAGCCUGACGACGAUAUCUGGCCGCACCGUGCCGUCCAUGCCAGGUGCUCGUGUUCUUCGCUCGACCGUGGAAGCUGGCGCAGCUCCAGGCGAGUCGGUGCAGACGGAGGUGUUCCAGUCUCAGGAGGCCGACGGCAGCAUCGUGACGAAGACGGUGAAGGCAACAACACGCCCUUCGACGUCUGCCAGCGGUGAGCUAGUGAAGACGGUUGAAGUGGAAACGACGACGGAGACGGAGACGACUACUGGCGAGAAGAGCACUACGGUGGAGAUGGAGACGCGCGAGGAGACGGACGUGGAGGAAGGCAGCCUGACGACGAUAUCUGGCCGCACCGUGCCGUCCAUGCCAGGUGCUCGUGUUCUUCGCUCGACCGUGGAAGCUGGCGCAGCUCCAGGCGAGUCGGUGCAGACGGAGGUGUUCCAGUCUCAGGAGGCCGACGGCAGCAUCGUGACGAAGACGAGCACUACGGUGGAGAUGGAGACGCGCGAGGAGACGGACGUGGAGGAAGGCAGCCUGACGACGAUAUCUGGCCGCACCGUGCCGUCCAUGCCAGGUGCUCGUGUUCUUCGCUCGACCGUGGAAGCUGGCGCAGCUCCAGGCGAGUCGGUGCAGACGGAGGUGUUCCAGUCUCAGGAGGCCGACGGCAGCAUCGUGACGAAGACGGUGAAGGCAACAACACGCCCUUCGACGUCUGCCAGCGGUGAGCUAGUGAAGACGGUUGAAGUGGAAACGACGACGGAGACGGAGACGACUACUGGCGAGAAGAGCACUACGGUGGAGAUGGAGACGCGCGAGGAGACGGACGUGGAGGAAGGCAGCCUGACGACGAUAUCUGGCCGCACCGUGCCGUCCAUGCCAGGUGCUCGUGUUCUUCGCUCGACCGUGGAAGCUGGCGCAGCUCCAGGCGAGUCGGUGCAGACGGAGGUGUUCCAGUCUCAGGAGGCCGACGGCAGCAUCGUGACGAAGACGGUGAAGGCAACAACACGCCCUUCGACGUCUGCCAGCGGUGAGCUAGUGAAGACGGUUGAAGUGGAAACGACGACGGAGACGGAGACGACUACUGGCGAGAAGAGCACUACGGUGGAGAUGGAGACGCGCGAGGAGACGGACGUGGAGGAAGGCAGCCUGACGACGAUAUCUGGCCGCACCGUGCCGUCCAUGCCAGGUGCUCGUGUUCUUCGCUCGACCGUGGAAGCUGGCGCAGCUCCAGGCGAGUCGGUGCAGACGGAGGUGUUCCAGUCUCAGGAGGCCGACGGCAGCAUCGUGACGAAGACGGUGAAGGCAACAACACGCCCUUCGACGUCUGCCAGCGGUGAGCUAGUGAAGACGGUUGAAGUGGAAACGACGACGGAGACGGAGACGACUACUGGCGAGAAGAGCACUACGGUGGAGAUGGAGACGCGCGAGGAGACGGACGUGGAGGAAGGCAGCCUGACGACGAUAUCUGGCCGCACCGUGCCGUCCAUGCCAGGUGCUCGUGUUCUUCGCUCGACCGUGGAAGCUGGCGCAGCUCCAGGCGAGUCGGUGCAGACGGAGGUGUUCCAGUCUCAGGAGGCCGACGGCAGCAUCGUGACGAAGACGGUGAAGGCAACAACACGCCCUUCGACGUCUGCCAGCGGUGAGCUAGUGAAGACGGUUGAAGUGGAAACGACGACGGAGACGGAGACGACUACUGGCGAGAAGAGCACUACGGUGGAGAUGGAGACGCGCGAGGAGACGGACGUGGAGGAAGGCAGCCUGACGACGAUAUCUGGCCGCACCGUGCCGUCCAUGCCAGGUGCUCGUGUUCUUCGCUCGACCGUGGAAGCUGGCGCAGCUCCAGGCGAGUCGGUGCAGACGGAGGUGUUCCAGUCUCAGGAGGCCGACGGCAGCAUCGUGACGAAGACGGUGAAGGCAACAACACGCCCUUCGACGUCUGCCAGCGGUGAGCUAGUGAAGACGGUUGAAGUGGAAACGACGACGGAGACGGAGACGACUACUGGCGAGAAGAGCACUACGGUGGAGAUGGAGACGCGCGAGGAGACGGACGUGGAGGAAGGCAGCCUGACGACGAUAUCUGGCCGCACCGUGCCGUCCAUGCCAGGUGCUCGUGUUCUUCGCUCGACCGUGGAAGCUGGCGCAGCUCCAGGCGAGUCGGUGCAGACGGAGGUGUUCCAGUCUCAGGAGGCCGACGGCAGCAUCGUGACGAAGACGGUGAAGGCAACAACACGCCCUUCGACGUCUGCCAGCGGUGAGCUAGUGAAGACGGUUGAAGUGGAAACGACGACGGAGACGGAGACGACUACUGGCGAGAAGAGCACUACGGUGGAGAUGGAGACGCGCGAGGAGACGGACGUGGAGGAAGGCAGCCUGACGACGAUAUCUGGCCGCACCGUGCCGUCCAUGCCAGGUGCUCGUGUUCUUCGCUCGACCGUGGAAGCUGGCGCAGCUCCAGGCGAGUCGGUGCAGACGGAGGUGUUCCAGUCUCAGGAGGCCGACGGCAGCAUCGUGACGAAGACGGUGAAGGCAACAACACGCCCUUCGACGUCUGCCAGCGGUGAGCUAGUGAAGACGGUUGAAGUGGAAACGACGACGGAGACGGAGACGACUACUGGCGAGAAGAGCACUACGGUGGAGAUGGAGACGCGCGAGGAGACGGACGUGGAGGAAGGCAGCCUGACGACGAUAUCUGGCCGCACCGUGCCGUCCAUGCCAGGUGCUCGUGUUCUUCGCUCGACCGUGGAAGCUGGCGCAGCUCCAGGCGAGUCGGUGCAGACGGAGGUGUUCCAGUCUCAGGAGGCCGACGGCAGCAUCGUGACGAAGACGGUGAAGGCAACAACACGCCCUUCGACGUCUGCCAGCGGUGAGCUAGUGAAGACGGUUGAAGUGGAAACGACGACGGAGACGGAGACGACUACUGGCGAGAAGAGCACUACGGUGGAGAUGGAGACGCGCGAGGAGACGGACGUGGAGGAAGGCAGCCUGACGACGAUAUCUGGCCGCACCGUGCCGUCCAUGCCAGGUGCUCGUGUUCUUCGCUCGACCGUGGAAGCUGGCGCAGCUCCAGGCGAGUCGGUGCAGACGGAGGUGUUCCAGUCUCAGGAGGCCGACGGCAGCAUCGUGACGAAGACGGUGAAGGCAACAACACGCCCUUCGACGUCUGCCAGCGGUGAGCUAGUGAAGACGGUUGAAGUGGAAACGACGACGGAGACGGAGACGACUACUGGCGAGAAGAGCACUACGGUGGAGAUGGAGACGCGCGAGGAGACGGACGUGGAGGAAGGCAGCCUGACGACGAUAUCUGGCCGCACCGUGCCGUCCAUGCCAGGUGCUCGUGUUCUUCGCUCGACCGUGGAAGCUGGCGCAGCUCCAGGCGAGUCGGUGCAGACGGAGGUGUUCCAGUCUCAGGAGGCCGACGGCAGCAUCGUGACGAAGACGGUGAAGGCAACAACACGCCCUUCGACGUCUGCCAGCGGUGAGCUAGUGAAGACGGUUGAAGUGGAAACGACGACGGAGACGGAGACGACUACUGGCGAGAAGAGCACUACGGUGGAGAUGGAGACGCGCGAGGAGACGGACGUGGAGGAAGGCAGCCUGACGACGAUAUCUGGCCGCACCGUGCCGUCCAUGCCAGGUGCUCGUGUUCUUCGCUCGACCGUGGAAGCUGGCGCAGCUCCAGGCGAGUCGGUGCAGACGGAGGUGUUCCAGUCUCAGGAGGCCGACGGCAGCAUCGUGACGAAGACGGUGAAGGCAACAACACGCCCUUCGACGUCUGCCAGCGGUGAGCUAGUGAAGACGGUUGAAGUGGAAACGACGACGGAGACGGAGACGACUACUGGCGAGAAGAGCACUACGGUGGAGAUGGAGACGCGCGAGGAGACGGACGUGGAGGAAGGCAGCCUGACGACGAUAUCUGGCCGCACCGUGCCGUCCAUGCCAGGUGCUCGUGUUCUUCGCUCGACCGUGGAAGCUGGCGCAGCUCCAGGCGAGUCGGUGCAGACGGAGGUGUUCCAGUCUCAGGAGGCCGACGGCAGCAUCGUGACGAAGACGGUGAAGGCAACAACACGCCCUUCGACGUCUGCCAGCGGUGAGCUAGUGAAGACGGUUGAAGUGGAAACGACGACGGAGACGGAGACGACUACUGGCGAGAAGAGCACUACGGUGGAGAUGGAGACGCGCGAGGAGACGGACGUGGAGGAAGGCAGCCUGACGACGAUAUCUGGCCGCACCGUGCCGUCCAUGCCAGGUGCUCGUGUUCUUCGCUCGACCGUGGAAGCUGGCGCAGCUCCAGGCGAGUCGGUGCAGACGGAGGUGUUCCAGUCUCAGGAGGCCGACGGCAGCAUCGUGACGAAGACGGUGAAGGCAACAACACGCCCUUCGACGUCUGCCAGCGGUGAGCUAGUGAAGACGGUUGAAGUGGAAACGACGACGGAGACGGAGACGACUACUGGCGAGAAGAGCACUACGGUGGAGAUGGAGACGCGCGAGGAGACGGACGUGGAGGAAGGCAGCCUGACGACGAUAUCUGGCCGCACCGUGCCGUCCAUGCCAGGUGCUCGUGUUCUUCGCUCGACCGUGGAAGCUGGCGCAGCUCCAGGCGAGUCGGUGCAGACGGAGGUGUUCCAGUCUCAGGAGGCCGACGGCAGCAUCGUGACGAAGACGGUGAAGGCAACAACACGCCCUUCGACGUCUGCCAGCGGUGAGCUAGUGAAGACGGUUGAAGUGGAAACGACGACGGAGACGGAGACGACUACUGGCGAGAAGAGCACUACGGUGGAGAUGGAGACGCGCGAGGAGACGGACGUGGAGGAAGGCAGCCUGACGACGAUAUCUGGCCGCACCGUGCCGUCCAUGCCAGGUGCUCGUGUUCUUCGCUCGACCGUGGAAGCUGGCGCAGCUCCAGGCGAGUCGGUGCAGACGGAGGUGUUCCAGUCUCAGGAGGCCGACGGCAGCAUCGUGACGAAGACGGUGAAGGCAACAACACGCCCUUCGACGUCUGCCAGCGGUGAGCUAGUGAAGACGGUUGAAGUGGAAACGACGACGGAGACGGAGACGACUACUGGCGAGAAGAGCACUACGGUGGAGAUGGAGACGCGCGAGGAGACGGACGUGGAGGAAGGCAGCCUGACGACGAUAUCUGGCCGCACCGUGCCGUCCAUGCCAGGUGCUCGUGUUCUUCGCUCGACCGUGGAAGCUGGCGCAGCUCCAGGCGAGUCGGUGCAGACGGAGGUGUUCCAGUCUCAGGAGGCCGACGGCAGCAUCGUGACGAAGACGGUGAAGGCAACAACACGCCCUUCGACGUCUGCCAGCGGUGAGCUAGUGAAGACGGUUGAAGUGGAAACGACGACGGAGACGGAGACGACUACUGGCGAGAAGAGCACUACGGUGGAGAUGGAGACGCGCGAGGAGACGGACGUGGAGGAAGGCAGCCUGACGACGAUAUCUGGCCGCACCGUGCCGUCCAUGCCAGGUGCUCGUGUUCUUCGCUCGACCGUGGAAGCUGGCGCAGCUCCAGGCGAGUCGGUGCAGACGGAGGUGUUCCAGUCUCAGGAGGCCGACGGCAGCAUCGUGACGAAGACGGUGAAGGCAACAACACGCCCUUCGACGUCUGCCAGCGGUGAGCUAGUGAAGACGGUUGAAGUGGAAACGACGACGGAGACGGAGACGACUACUGGCGAGAAGAGCACUACGGUGGAGAUGGAGACGCGCGAGGAGACGGACGUGGAGGAAGGCAGCCUGACGACGAUAUCUGGCCGCACCGUGCCGUCCAUGCCAGGUGCUCGUGUUCUUCGCUCGACCGUGGAAGCUGGCGCAGCUCCAGGCGAGUCGGUGCAGACGGAGGUGUUCCAGUCUCAGGAGGCCGACGGCAGCAUCGUGACGAAGACGGUGAAGGCAACAACACGCCCUUCGACGUCUGCCAGCGGUGAGCUAGUGAAGACGGUUGAAGUGGAAACGACGACGGAGACGGAGACGACUACUGGCGAGAAGAGCACUACGGUGGAGAUGGAGACGCGCGAGGAGACGGACGUGGAGGAAGGCAGCCUGACGACGAUAUCUGGCCGCACCGUGCCGUCCAUGCCAGGUGCUCGUGUUCUUCGCUCGACCGUGGAAGCUGGCGCAGCUCCAGGCGAGUCGGUGCAGACGGAGGUGUUCCAGUCUCAGGAGGCCGACGGCAGCAUCGUGACGAAGACGGUGAAGGCAACAACACGCCCUUCGACGUCUGCCAGCGGUGAGCUAGUGAAGACGGUUGAAGUGGAAACGACGACGGAGACGGAGACGACUACUGGCGAGAAGAGCACUACGGUGGAGAUGGAGACGCGCGAGGAGACGGACGUGGAGGAAGGCAGCCUGACGACGAUAUCUGGCCGCACCGUGCCGUCCAUGCCAGGUGCUCGUGUUCUUCGCUCGACCGUGGAAGCUGGCGCAGCUCCAGGCGAGUCGGUGCAGACGGAGGUGUUCCAGUCUCAGGAGGCCGACGGCAGCAUCGUGACGAAGACGGUGAAGGCAACAACACGCCCUUCGACGUCUGCCAGCGGUGAGCUAGUGAAGACGGUUGAAGUGGAAACGACGACGGAGACGGAGACGACUACUGGCGAGAAGAGCACUACGGUGGAGAUGGAGACGCGCGAGGAGACGGACGUGGAGGAAGGCAGCCUGACGACGAUAUCUGGCCGCACCGUGCCGUCCAUGCCAGGUGCUCGUGUUCUUCGCUCGACCGUGGAAGCUGGCGCAGCUCCAGGCGAGUCGGUGCAGACGGAGGUGUUCCAGUCUCAGGAGGCCGACGGCAGCAUCGUGACGAAGACGGUGAAGGCAACAACACGCCCUUCGACGUCUGCCAGCGGUGAGCUAGUGAAGACGGUUGAAGUGGAAACGACGACGGAGACGGAGACGACUACUGGCGAGAAGAGCACUACGGUGGAGAUGGAGACGCGCGAGGAGACGGACGUGGAGGAAGGCAGCCUGACGACGAUAUCUGGCCGCACCGUGCCGUCCAUGCCAGGUGCUCGUGUUCUUCGCUCGACCGUGGAAGCUGGCGCAGCUCCAGGCGAGUCGGUGCAGACGGAGGUGUUCCAGUCUCAGGAGGCCGACGGCAGCAUCGUGACGAAGACGGUGAAGGCAACAACACGCCCUUCGACGUCUGCCAGCGGUGAGCUAGUGAAGACGGUUGAAGUGGAAACGACGACGGAGACGGAGACGACUACUGGCGAGAAGAGCACUACGGUGGAGAUGGAGACGCGCGAGGAGACGGACGUGGAGGAAGGCAGCCUGACGACGAUAUCUGGCCGCACCGUGCCGUCCAUGCCAGGUGCUCGUGUUCUUCGCUCGACCGUGGAAGCUGGCGCAGCUCCAGGCGAGUCGGUGCAGACGGAGGUGUUCCAGUCUCAGGAGGCCGACGGCAGCAUCGUGACGAAGACGGUGAAGGCAACAACACGCCCUUCGACGUCUGCCAGCGGUGAGCUAGUGAAGACGGUUGAAGUGGAAACGACGACGGAGACGGAGACGACUACUGGCGAGAAGAGCACUACGGUGGAGAUGGAGACGCGCGAGGAGACGGACGUGGAGGAAGGCAGCCUGACGACGAUAUCUGGCCGCACCGUGCCGUCCAUGCCAGGUGCUCGUGUUCUUCGCUCGACCGUGGAAGCUGGCGCAGCUCCAGGCGAGUCGGUGCAGACGGAGGUGUUCCAGUCUCAGGAGGCCGACGGCAGCAUCGUGACGAAGACGGUGAAGGCAACAACACGCCCUUCGACGUCUGCCAGCGGUGAGCUAGUGAAGACGGUUGAAGUGGAAACGACGACGGAGACGGAGACGACUACUGGCGAGAAGAGCACUACGGUGGAGAUGGAGACGCGCGAGGAGACGGACGUGGAGGAAGGCAGCCUGACGACGAUAUCUGGCCGCACCGUGCCGUCCAUGCCAGGUGCUCGUGUUCUUCGCUCGACCGUGGAAGCUGGCGCAGCUCCAGGCGAGUCGGUGCAGACGGAGGUGUUCCAGUCUCAGGGGGCCGACGGCAGCAUCGUGACGAAGACGGUGAAGGCAACAACACGCCCUUCGACGUCUGCCAGCGGUGAGCUAGUGAAGACGGUUGAAGUGGAAACGACGACGGAGACGGAGACGACUACUGGCGAGAAGAGCACUACGGUGGAGAUGGAGACGCACGAUGAAGUCGAGGAUGAUUUACGGCAUGAUACAACGAUGACGUACAGGAGCGAUCGAGAUUUCGUCGUACCGUCGAGAAGUGUGGUCGAUUUGGCUUGUAGCGUGGUGGUUCCAGCCUCCGGUGUUGGUCUUCGUGACACUUACGAAACGAUCGCUGACCCUGGUAACUUAAACGAAAAUUGCGGGACGAAUGAGCCGACGGAAUUGGAGGGUAGAGGAACAAGCGAGACUGUUGGAGCACUAACUGAGCACAAGACUUCGACUGGCGCUGCAUCGUUGGAGUAUCCGAACACCCUUGUCGUGAUUGGGCUUAUUGGAAGGAAAUCGAGUAAGUUGUUGCGCAAGUUAAAGGAAAGCUCGUCCGAAUGGCCAUGGCUGUCGGACUUUGUGGCCUACUGUGACGAGAGAAGUAUGAACGUUGCGAGGCUGGGCCCUGAAGAAGCGCAAAGGCAGCAGCGCGGAAUGUUGCUCAUGCUCUUUCGGCGCAUUUUCCGGAGCUUGCAGCGCACGAAUUCGGCGUUCAGAUAG